AAGAAAGAAUAGAAUUCUCUAAAGUAUGUGAAGACUACGAUGCAAGAGAAGUAUCGUCCACAAUGGCAUGGAGGAACCACAGCACCAUCACUGAGUUUAUUCUCAUCGGACUCUCUGACAGUCCCCAGAUAGAGGCUCUGCUCUAUGUGCUGUUCUUAGGGAUUUAUAUCCUGACCUUGAUAGGGAACUUGACAAUGCUGCUGGUGAUCAGGGUUGACUUCCAUCUCCACACCCCCAUGUACUUCUUCUUGAGCAACCUAUCAUUCCUGGAUCUCUGCUUCUCUUCAGUCACUGUGCCCAAGCUGCUGGAGGAUCUCCUUUCUGAGAAGAAAACUAUCUCAGUAGAGGGCUGCCUGACUCAGGUCUUCUUUGUGUUUAUCACCGCCGGGACUGAAGCCUUUCUUCUUUCAAUGAUGGCCUAUGACCGCUAUGCUGCCAUCUGCUACCCAUUGCUCUAUGGCCAGAUGAUGAGCAAUGAGCUCUGUGUGAAGCUGGUGCUGCUCUCAUGGGGCCUAGCGUCUCUCAAUUCAGUAGUCAUUGUGCUCUUGGCUGUUAAUCUAGACUUCUGUGAGGCCCGAACCAUAUACCACUACACCUGUGAGCUGCCUUCUCUCUUUCCUCUAUCUUGUUCUGAUAUCUCCAUCAAUAUUGACAUCCUGAUCUGCUCCACCUUACUGCAUGGGCUCGGAACCUUUCUCCCCAUCUUUUUCUCUUAUGCUCGUAUUGUGUCCACUAUCCUGAGCAUGAGCUCCACCACAGGCAGAAGCAAGGCAUUUAACACCUGUUCCUCUCAUCUUAUUGCAGUGAUCCUGUUCUUUGGGUCAGGUUUGGUUCGCUAUCUUAUGCCCACUUCUGGUUCCUCCUUAGAUUUGCUGUCCUCCCUGCAGUACAGUGCAGUCACACCCAUGCUGAAUCCCCUCAUCUACAGCCUAAAGAACCAAGAGGUGAAGGCAGCUGUGAAGAGGACAUUAGGGAAAUGCCUACAUUAUUUUCCGUAA